AUGGAUCGUUCCUACACCUUAUGGAAGAAAAGAUACUUGGUCCAUGUACCCGCUGAAGGACAGGGGCAUGUACGCUGCAGUCUGUGUAAUACUGGUACAUUCAACAUCAAUGCUUCAAAUCCUCAUUUUCAGGGCAAUCGGCAUCGCAAACGCUUGCAAGCUGUCUUCAACAGCAGUAAUUUGACCAUUUUUGACGGACCAGAGUUGCUUGAUCGUGUUUCGAAGCUUGGAUUUGAAGGUUGGAAGGAUGAUAUCAACAGCAAGCUAAUGGAAUAUCUCUUUGUCAAGGGUACGCCUCGUUGGCCAUAUGGCCAGAACCAAUUUGCAUUUCCGACAUCCAUUGUCGAUUCAGUUGUCAAAUAUGAGAGGAUGGAAGUGGCAUCUCUGUUGGAACUUGUAGCAUGGAAGCUCAACUGUUUGCAUUUGAAUGGAUCUGGUAAUUUCAUGACAAUGCAAGAUAUUUUGGACCAAUGGGCCAUCGAUGAGAGUUUCGAUCCAGUAGAAUACAAGCGUCAACAUCGUUUCUCGAGCAACGUGGGUAUCAUUAUGGACCGCCUUUUAGAGUUCCUUUGGUAG